GCAGGGGGGGCUGGAGGGGCAGCCAGCAGCUAAGGUGGAGAACUGGGGCCCCCCUGCCGAGCUGGUCCAAUGAAGUGAUUGGCCGCAUGGCGGAUCUGGAAGAACCUGACAGACCGUCUGGAAAAGUUGCUGGCUGCUAGCUUGGCUGUCUGUCGUGUCGAAGCUUCAGGGUCAACCUACAAUUGCUACUGACGUGCAGCCAACGCGAAAGUCGGUGCCAGCUUGCAACGUCCUCACCACCCACACCUGCGCACCUGCACACCUUUUAGGACCCGUCCCCGCGUCCCCGGCUGACCAGAUACACCACCAUCGGUCAGGAUGGCCUCCAUGUUCGAGCAGAGCGGGAACGGCACCCUCUUCCUGGGCGGUCAGAAGAUCUCGGGCUCAGACAUUCGUGACCAGAACGUCCUGGCAACACAAGCCAUCGCAAAUGUCGUCAAGAGCUCCUUCGGCCCCAGCGGCCUCGACAAGAUGAUGGUCGACGACAUCGGCGACGUGACCGUCACAAACGACGGCGCCACCAUCCUCGCCCUCCUCGACGUCGAGCACCCUGCGGGCAAGAUCCUGGUGGACCUCGCACAACAGCAGGACAGUGAGGUCGGCGACGGUACGACGUCAGUGGUCCUCAUCGCCGCCGAGCUCUUGCGCCGGGCAAACGAGCUGAUGAGGAACCGGAUACACCCCACCACCAUCAUUACCGGCUACCGCCUGGCCCUGCGCGAGGCCGUCAAGUACAUGAACGAGAACAUCAGCGUCAAAGUCGAGAACCUCGGCCGCGAGUCCCUCCUGAACAUCGCCAAGACCUCCAUGUCCUCCAAGGUCAUCGGCGCCGACUCCGAGUUCUUCAGCAACAUGGUCGUCGAUGCCAUGCAGGCAGUCAAGACAACAAACAACAGGAACGAGACAAAGUACCCUGUCAAGGCGGUGAACAUACUCAAGGCACACGGAAAGGGCGCCCUGGAGUCUGUACUGGUCAAGGGCUACGCCCUGAACUGUACCGUUGCCUCGCAGGCCAUGACUACCAACGUGAGGGAUGCCAAGAUUGCCGUGUUGGACAUGAACCUUCAGAAGGAGCGCAUGAAGCUCGGUGUACAGAUUACGGUGGACGACCCCCAGCAGCUCGAGCAGAUCCGCGCAAGGGAGUCUGGAAUGAUUCUGGAACGGGUAGAGAUGAUCCUGAAGGCUGGCGCAAACGUUAUCCUGACCACCAAGGGCAUUGACGACCUCUGCCUGAAGAUGUUUGUUGAGAAGGGUGCUAUGGCUGUUCGGCGGUGCAAGAAGGAGGAUCUCCGACGGAUAGCGAGGGCCACCGGGGCCACAAUGCUGAGCACCCUAUCUGACCUGAACGGCGACGAGAAGUUCGAACCAUCCUACCUCGGCCAUGCUGACGAGGUCUCGCAGGAGCGCAUUUCUGACGACGAGUGCAUCCUCGUCAAGGGGACCAAGGCUCACUCCUCCGCAUCCAUCAUCCUGCGCGGUUCCAACGACUUCCAGCUGGACGAGAUGGAGCGGUCGGUCCACGACUCCCUGAUGGCAGUAAAGCGCACGCUGGAAAGCGGCAGUAUCGUGCCAGGUGGUGGCGCAGUGGAGACUGCUCUUCACAUUUACCUUGAGGAGUUCGCCGGAACAGUGGGUUCCCGGGAGCAGCUGGCCAUUGGGGAGUUUGCUCAGUCUCUCCUGGUCAUUCCCAAGACGCUCGCCGUCAACGCUGCCAAGGAUGCGUCAGAGUUGGUCGCCCAGCUGCGGUCGAGACAUGCCCUGUCUCAACGCACCGCGGACGGCGACGCCAACGAGGAUGAAAAGACGGUGGCACGGAAGAAGGGCUACAAGAACUACGGCCUGGACCUCUCCAAGGGCAAGGUGGUGGACGAGAUCAAGGCCGGUGUCCUGGAGCCCAGCAUGAGCAAGAUCAAGCAGCUCAAGAGUGCGGUGGAGGCCUGCAUUAGCAUUAUGCGUAUCGAUACCCUGAUCAAGCUGGAUCCAGAGCAGAGGGCCGAGGAGGACGACGGGCACGGCCACUAGAGGGAGCCACUCGGCUGGACUGCUGGCGUUUGGGGUAAUAGAACAAGACAAAGCACAGUAGCUGGCGCAAUGCGGUGAUGAACCCUAACGGGACGUGCGGCAGAGGGCUGUGAAGACCCUCCGCCCCUCGCGGGUGCCUCAUGAAUUAGGUGUGGAAGAGCUUACGGGUGACGAACUGCCUUGCAUUGGGGGGUUGGUUAGUCGGCUCGACGAAGGCCACGGCGUGAGGCGCGUGCCUGCGCAGGCGAAGCCUUAAACAGGUCGCCCGGGGUCAUCAGGUAUCUGCCAGCUGCGCACCCAAUUGCAGCCAAUUGCAACCCACAGCUACACCCACUGCCCAUAGGACCAGCGGCCGAGCACACCUACCUAACUAGGCACUUAUAAAAUUCACGUAUCUUCGUGAUGAAAUCCAUGUAUUUUCGUGCAAA